GGCCAUUCCACCGAGAGGGGAUAGAGGUUCCUGUAUCUGCUGUGGAUUUGCCGUGACGCGCUGAUGUUUGUGUGCUCGCUGGGGUGAAGGAGAACAGAGGUGUCCACACAAAAGGAACAGCUGUCCGAAGACACUCUUUAAGAUAAAGAAGCACCAUGGAUGAAGAGGAGCAGUUUGUGAACAUUGAUCUGAAUGAUGACAAUAUUUGCAGUGUCUGCAAGCUGGAGACUGAAACAGGGACCUUAUCUUUCUGCCAUGUCUGCUUUGAACUCAGCAUAGAAGGUGUCUCCUCUGCUACCUUGUUGCACUCAAAGUCCCUGCGUGGCCACAGAGACUGCUUUGAGAAAUGCCACCUAAUUGCCAACCAGAAGCUGUCACGUUCCAAGGCCUCCCGAAGUGCCUAUGAGGGCAUGAAGCUGGCCCUCAGCCAGAAACUCAACCGCAUCAUCCAGUAUGCCCAGAACAAAGACUCUGUCUCCUCCAACGGCCCCAGCAGACGGGGGGCCAAGCUCCUUUGUUACAGCCAGCAGAACGACUGCAAGCUGCUUCCCCAGUCGGAUAGCCAGGUGCCCCGGUACACGCCCUGCUGGGACAAAGCAACAGGCCGUGCCGUAAUGCCUGAUUACGCCAUGGGUAUGUUGGAGUGCCACACAGCGGAGGAGCUGGGGCUGCUGCAGGAGUCACAAUCUGACGUUUGGUCCAGUGAUGGCAGGAAAGGCCUACACAGCCGGAAGCAGUCAUCAGGAGGAGGACAGAAGCAGCACAGACACCAGGGCCACAGCAGAGAUGAAUUGUCUAAAAUGAGUUUGGAUGAGCUCCACCAGAUAAAUACCCAACUACUGAUGCAGAUUCAAAAGGUCUUCGAGGAGCUGACGGUGGCCGUGCAGGAAAAAGACUCGUUGGCGUCUGAGCUGCACGUGCGUCACAUCGCCAUCGAGCAGCUCUUUAAGAACUGUGCCAAGCUGCCCUGGCUGCACAUUAGCAGGGCCGGGGUCAAGGCCAGCAGCAGCAGCAGCAGCCCUGUGGAGUGAGGUGAAAAGUGCUGAGAGGACGCAGACAGACACUUCAACAUGCCGGCUGCAGCAAGCCUGAAAAAGCCUUUAUGUAUACUGAGUGACUUUUACAACACUAUGGUGGCGUUGAGUUGUUAGAUCUGCUUUAGAGCCGCAUUAAGGGCUGGGUUGAUGUGGCUUCCGUUCUUGCGGUUGAGGUGUUGAUGCAAGGAUUAAUGGUUUGCAGUUUAAAACAAAUUGUUGGCCUGGCAUGUGACCUGAAUUCCACCCUACUCGUGUACCCAGGAUGCAUGGUAAUUCCCGGUGAAAUGGAGCUCAGAGUUUCCUGGCCCCGGUAGACGAUGAGGACAUGUUCUCAUUGGGCAUGAUCCUUAAAGAAUAUCUCUUAAGAUUUACCUAAAUACAGACUGAAAAAACAGUGUGUCUGCAUAAUUUUACAUAAAUGGUUGCUGUUGGUUUUAUUUACUUUUGUUUAGAUUUCUAUCACACAUUUCAGUUUUCAUUGUUUCCAUUUUCUGUAGAUACAUUUUCACAUUUUUAUUUUUACCCUUCUCAUUAUGUCAGAUGGCUUUUCAAAUAUGGGUUAUAACACUGCUUAAUACUCCUCCAUAUGGACUGGUGAGUUACAGUAUUUUAUAACAUGGAUUGGGUAAAUACUUGAUGCAGAUUAGUUGGAUGAUGUCUAUCAUAUUCAUCAUGAUUGGCACUGCAAGCAGUAGUGUUUGAUUACUGUUGUAAUGUAAAGCAUUAGCAAGCUUUAAGCUUCUUCCUGCAGCUGCACACUGGCAAUAUAAUGACUUGAAACGUGAGUUUUGGACUUGGCUUCAAACUGCUCUAAUUAGACACGAUUGUUUGUGAAAACUGUGGUCCUCUGAGAUAUUUGCCAUUUUGUAAAUCAGAUAGAUAGAACAGUAGUGGGCUUCAUGGGGAAAUUACAGAUAAUUAAAAUUAACAAAGCUUUGCUAAAUUAUCACACAGGGUUGAAAAACUUUGACUCAAAUAAGUAACAUAUUGAAAUAAGAUCAAGUCUAAUAUAGAAAAGGGAAAGUGCAAGACAACACCCAAACUACCCUAAAGCAUUAUUGCAACAAAGACAAAUCAGAGUGUGAAGGUUAACACGACUAUACUAGCUGUGCAGGUUUUAGUUUGUGAUGACUUUUUUGAGAGUGUCAAUGAACUAAUACUUUGUAACAGCUGGUUGGCAGGCAGCAAGUCAAUAAAUAUCGUUAAUAUGCCCUCUUAAAGUUAAAAUGCUAGGUAUUUAGUUUUGAAUUCUUUUGGGUUUAUAGUAACUAUUAAUGCUGAUGAGAUUGACUUGAUAUUUAGCACAGAGCUGUUUGUUGCCUGUUGUAUAGCUGUCAAGCACAAGUCCUACGUAUGGCUAUACACUGAGUGAAUAUUGGAAAAGGAAAGGUGACAGUAUUGCAAAAGACAUCCAGCUGCCAAACCAAAGUCUGUACUCGUUCUGUUUUACAUGUCAACUGCGAGCAUUUGACUUAGAAUCCCCUAACAGAGGACGAUGCAAUAUCAAACGUAUGUGGCUUAGUGAUUUCCGUCUAUGUUUGGUUAAGUGUGUGUAAUGAUGAAACAUAGAUUUUUACUCCCAAAGUGUUGACGUGGAAACAAUUAGUUCUCAAGUACACACGGUGUGUAUUUUAUUGUUUUAUUUAUCUUUUUCAUUUUUGUUUGAUGUGCAGUGUUAACUGUCACCGCCCUCUCUCCUGCAUUGAUGUGUGGGAGCUAAGUUGAUGUCACAGCAAUAAAACAAACAGGAUAGUUUAGUCUACUGUGCCUCUGGAGGUCCCUGAUUUUUGAACAAAAGUAGAGAAGCACAUAGGGGAUGGUAUUAACAAACAGUCAGUGUUUUAAGCCUGUAGUUUUGCUUAGUUUAUUAUUCAGGAACCCUAUGCAAGAAAGAGACAUAUAAAUCAGAAGCCUUAUAAAGUAGAAAAUAUCUUAAAGAAUAUUUGUUUAUGUGAGUUUUUCUCAGAGGAGGUCACAGAUAUAAUAAGCUGGGAAAGACGAGGUUCUAAUCAGACUGAUGCUUAGAAAAACUCAGCAUUGUCAGUGUAUCUCUUUUGCUCUCUCUUUGUAAGAGAUUAAAUGUAUUGACCCCUUUUUAGGGUUUAAAGUUAAAGGUUUGAGCUCCAUUUUAAACUUGUAUCUUGCUUUUAUUUGGAUAGCUGUGUUCUGUGUGCUUGAGUGUGUACGAGUAUUCAGAUUACUGGUCCUUAAUGCAACUUUUAAGUCAUUCAGUCUUCAGUUGUAUGUUUUUUAAUGUGCGUUUUAAUUCUGAAUGCUGUGUGUUUUGGUAUACUGUGGAAACAUGCCUGGGCCUGUGCCUCUGCUCAGCAGAGCAGUCAGGCGGCCUGGGUUUGGUUAUCUCAUUAUCAUUUACUGGAGAUGAUAGCAUACCUGUGUUACACUUCACCUCCGCUCUUUAGACUUGACUCUUUGUACAUUUGUUUUCUAAUGUCGAACAAGGCUGCAUUUGUGUUGUGUGAUGAUUUACAUUCUAUUUAUUCUGUGUGUUCAUGGACCUUACACAAGCUAUGUGAUUUGUGCUUAAGUGACAGUUUGUAUUAUUUUGUAAAAUAUUUGAAUAAAAUAAAAUUAUUUUUACUACAAA